AUGAACAGCCGGUGGGCGGUCGAGAGAUGCAACGGUGUGACCGAAGCCCUGAUCGACACUGAAGCGAAGCACCGCCAGUCGCACCGAAAGGCCAGAGCUUGGCCGCCGCGCGGACUCGCUGGGCGGCCGCUGCGUGAUUGUCCGCGGUUUGAAGUCGCGGGCGCGGCCGCUCUGCCGGGUCCCCCCUUCCGCCCCCCCCAAGCGCGCACGCGCGCGCACAACCUGACGAUUGAAACCGCCCCGGCAACGGAGAAGGCGCUGGAGAACGGCAGUGAGCGGUCGAGAUGUGCAACGGUGUGA